CAACACCUACCGGGAAAUGGAUUCUCUGGUGUGAUUCUCAAACAAGCGUUAGGCGUUAGGCAACACAUGAUACAAUGUUGUAUGGUGACUAGUCUGCAAUCUGCAUAACUCCGCACGAUAUACGAAACGCGCAUUUUUCAAUGAUAAUUUAAAAAUGAAACUUACGCAUUUUUGAGAAAAUUGACCCCAAAAUUAUAUUGAAGCGGUUCAUUUUCGAUAGACAAACAGCCCAACACUAAUAACUACAUCAUUUUAAUGGAUACAAAAGAUUAAUUAAUCUAUGUUUCUAUGUCACUAUAAGCUUAUCAGUCCUUUCACUUAAAUAAAUAUUUGGCAUUCGAAUUUUUUGUACUAGUUUCUGAUGUUGGGAUAGGUAUUGAAGGGAUUAAGAAUGCACCAGUGAAAUAUUGGGAGUCUACAGUUUGUAUACCCGAAAUAACUUUUCGAAUAGUUCUAUAAAUAUCUCAUUAGGUCGAGAUUCAAAGAGAAAAUACAUACAAUUUUAUAUAAAUAGAACAUUUCAAGAUGAGCGUUCUUCUAAACAGCAACAAUGAUUGCAUGCUAUUUCAAAAGUAUUGUGAAGAAGCAAUCGGUGAUUUGACAGCCGAACUUGUUGGACAAUUUGAAGCAGCUAACGAUGAGCAAUCCAGAAUCCAACUCUUGUACUCAUCCACACUGAAACUUCCCGUAAUAUUGAAGCAAAAAAAUGGUAAAGAUCUUAAUGAGGCUCAGGAACAGAAAACAAAAGGAAAUGCUUAUUUUGCUAGGAAAGAUUAUUCAAAUGCUCUGAAAGCCUAUAACACUGGUAUAGUGAAGUGCCCCCAAGAUUCAGGCGAAUCUCGAGAGUUAUUAGCGAUACUGGUAUCGAAUCGCAGUGCGACUUAUUUUGAACAGAAGGAGUAUAAGAAAGUUUUCAACGAUAUCGAUUACCUCUUGGAAGUAGGCAGUUAUCCCACACAUUUGAAGUACAAAAUAUGGCUCAGAAAAGCCAAAUGUUAUGACGCAUUGCAGAACGAAAGACUUGCCUCUGAAUUUUAUAAUGAAGCAGUGAAAAGUCUGAAGAAUAGCAAACUCGAUGAAGCAACGAUAGAGAGCAAAUUGAAAGAAAUUGAGAAAGCAAAAAAUUCGGAGAAUCAGGCAGUAGUAACUAGAAAUGAUCUAGUGCCAGCAUUCAUUGUGGAUAACUUUGUUGGAGGCAAAGAGUAUAUGGCAGCUAGCCCAAAAAUAACUUUCGAACAAGACAGCUACCAAGGAAGAUACGCCAUAGCUAUCGAAGACAUUGAUACAGGAACCAUUAUUGUUGAAGAAAAUCCCCAUUCUUCGGUCCUCGAUUUUAAUCACUCAUUAACAAACUGUCAUCAGUGUUUUGUAGCUGUUGAUCAACCAAUCGCUUGUUCAACGUGCGCUAAUGUAGUGUUUUGCAGCACAAUUUGCGAAAGAUUGGCGAAAAAGAAUUUCCACAGAGUAGAGUGUCCCAUUCUAGAAUGCCUUCUACUUUCAGGAGCUUCUGUGAAUUGUUGCUUGGCAAUCAGGAUCAUCAGCCAAAGGAACUAUUCCUAUUUCGGCGAUAAGAAACACAAGCUCGAGGAUUACUUGGAUGAUAAAUGUGAGAAAAGUGUUAUAAAGAAGAAAACUUAUCGUUUUGAUGACUACGAUAAUGUUUUUUUUCUGUGUCGCAAUGAAUGUUCAAGAAAGAAAGAAGAAUUGCUGCAUUAUACUUGCAUGGCUAUAUUUUUACUUCGCUUAUUGAAAUUUGGAAAUUACUUUCCUUUCGAAACUGAAGAUGGAACCCUGAGGAAAGAGGAGAUUUACAUUGGAAGUCUUAUCCUGAGGCAUCUGCAGUUUCUUCAAUUCAAUGCACACGAAGUGUCGGAACUGAAGAAUUUAGAUGAAGCAAUAAACGUUAAAGGGCUCAUGACUAAAUAUGAAAAUGCUACUAUUGGAGCAGGGUUAUAUCCCACAUUAGCCCUGUUUAAUCAUUCUUGUGAUCCCAGUAUAGUCAGGUACAAUAUGAAGAAUAAAAUGAUUGUUCGCUCAAUAAAACCGAUAAAAGCUGGUGACAUAAUCUACGAAAACUAUGGCCCACUUUACAUGUCGAUGCCAAAAGAGAAGCGACAAGAGAUCUUGAAAAGCAACUAUUGGUUCGAAUGUUUGUGUACACCCUGUACAGAGAUAUGGCCUAUGUUCGAUGAAAUGAGAGACAAUGAGUUGAGGAUUGCUUGCAGAAAUGAAAGAUGCCCAUAUGUUUUUGUUGUACGACAAGAUGAUGACCCUUUCCUGACUUGCGAAUACUGUCAUUCUGUUACUACGAUUUUCCCUCAUCUGAAAGGUCUCAUGGUUCUGGAUGAGAUACUUCCAGAGGCAGAAAACUUAUUCAGCGAUGGACAGUUUGAUAAUGCAAUGAAGAAAUUUAUCAAGGGUCUAGACAUUUUAUUCAAGUACACCAAACCGCCUCAUCCUGAAAUUAUCAAAGUACAACAGAGAAUUCGAAUUUGUAUGAUUCAUUCAGGAAAUAAGGCUUGCGAUUAUAAAAUUGAUUUGUGAUAUCUUUUCUUCUUCCCAUUUCCACUUGAACAUAAUUACCAUAAUUAUUUCCUGAACUCCAGUGUAAUUUUGUA